AGUUCUGCAAGAGGACCAAGGCUGUUCCAGAAGCCAUGAACUUCUGGUGCACUACGAAUGUUUGUUAAAGGUACGGUCUGUUUAAGUCCAGCCCCGAUGAUAAAUUAACAGGUACUUUGUGCCAUGUAAAUAGCAGCAGUUACAAGAUGGCUAAGAAAUCACUUGCUAGACAGCUCUAUCAAAUCUAAUAAAAGUGUAAGAGAGCUGAAUUUUAUGAGGAGAUAUAGUGAGUGUCAUGUGAAGAAACGGAGGGUUUCUGAAUCCGGCUGUCCGGAUUGCCCCAGAAAGCGAAGAUGAAUUCUUCAGUGGAAGAAGAGGACGGUUGCACGCUCUGAAUUUCCUGGCAUGGAUCUGUAUGAAGAUUACAAAUCGCCCUUCGAUUUCAAUGCUGGAGUGAACAGAAACUAUCUUUACCUGUCACCUAGCAUAAACCUUUCUCCACCCGGAUCACCUACACUGGCGAAGUCUGGGCUGCUGAGAAGUGACUCUAUACCUGAAGUUGGAGAGGAUGCUGCUGCUACAGUUGGUAUGGCAGAAACACUCUCAGAAGAAGAACAGGAUGAGCUAAGAAAAGAGCUUGCUAAGGUGGAAGAGGAAAUCCAGACGCUCUCACAAGUGCUAGCUGCCAAAGAGAAGCAUCUAGCAGAAAUCAAGAGGAAGCUGGGAAUUAACUCAUUACAGGAACUAAGGCAGAACAUUACCAAAAGCUGGCAAGAUGUUACAUCAACCACGGCAUACAAGAAAACAUCAGAAACCCUGUCUCAGGCUGGUCAGAAGGCUUCUGCUGCUUUUUCAUCUGUUGGUUCAGUCAUAACCAAGAAGUUUGAAGAUGUCAGACUACAGGCAUUUUCACAUUCCUUUAGUAUACGCUCCAUACAACAUUCAAUUAGCAUGCCUAUUAUGAGAAAUUCUCCUACUUUCAAGUCCUUUGAGGAAAAAGUUGAAAACUUAAAG